AUGGAGACCGCCAUUCGCUGGUCGCCAUCGUCGACCACGGCGGAACAGCGCUUUCUCUCGGUGGAUGUGGUAGGAAAGGCAUUCCGCCUGUGCAAGGUGACGUCCUUCGACGGCCAGAACCUAGACCAUGAGGUGCUUGCUGCUCACACCAAGGUUCCGGCAUUCCGGGCCUUCGACUGGUCGCCCGCUGAUGAAUCGCUCGUCGCUGUCGGCCAGUCGUCCGGAGACGCCACUAUUCUGCGCUUGAGCAGCGAGUCCCAGGAGUCGUUCUCGUUUCCAAUUCGUCACCAGCGGUAUUGUAACGCUGUCGCAUUCAGCACGCAUGGAUUACUGGCUGCUGGCCUGGAUCGCGUGCGGAAUGACUUUUGCCUCAAUGUCUGGGAUGUCAAUCAGCGGCUCGCUAUGAGAGGGGGGAAGGGGGUUGUGGAGCCACUGAGGAAGCUGGCGAGUUCGGAACCGAUCACCAGUGUGAAGUUCUUCAGGGAUCAACCUGACACAUUAGUGGCGGGUGUGAAGGGGCAGUAUGUCAGAAUUUAUGAUCUUCGAGAGGGCCCUGGCAAUCCGUCGCUACAGUUUCCGACUCGGUGUGUCCAUGCUCUAGCGAUUGACUGGCUGGAUGAGAACUAUAUUGCAUCGUGUCUUACCUCUAAUGAUCCUACUAUCAGUAUCUGGGAUCGACGUGUAGGGUCUCGAUAUACAACCCCUGAAUGUUGUCGCUCCGAAGUCAACCAUCUGGAGUCUGCGAUUCUCGAGGACGAAGAGGGGGUGUCUAGGAGUCUUGCGAAUACCGGCCACUUCAAAACUUACGAUGUUGUCAAAGAAUACUUAUCCGAGGAGUAUCGCUCGUCAGUGGAUGAGACCUUGGGUCAAGGAUCUUCGAAGAACUAUCCAGAGCAGAUAUACACCAAGUAUGUGCGGGAUGUUUCCAGUCCAUUCAAUCAUCCAUCACGGGGCUAUCCGGAAUCGGAAAGGAUCGUAUCUUUCGAUUUCCUUAAUAUGAGUCCUUCCAAUGAACCUACUGCCUUGACGCUGUCGGCCAAUGGCCAGGUCAACAUCAUUACAACAAAACCACCGUCACCUCCUGUGCGACUCUCCUCCCAAGGCUUGUUGAUACGCGGGACAUCUGGCGACGAUGCAGAUUUCCGAACGAUAGGCCCUAUGCCUAGUCAAGGGCUGUGCGUCUCUGAGGUGGUUGAAGACCUCCGUGGACGUAUUCUACCAAGCCAUGAUGUUCCAGAAGUAUCGCGUGAAAGUCAUCCCCCAAAGCCAUUAUCUAGCCGUGAGGCUCGGGAACGUGCUCUAUCUCUAGGAACGUCCGGCCAUCUGAUUACAGCCGAGGAGGCUUUGACCCUAUUGACCAUCAACAGACUUCGUUGUAAAGAAGGAUAUCUAUUUGAUGCAGCCCAAAACCGGAAGAUACUAGCCGAUGAUCCUCGCCUACAAGGCUUCUGGGGUUGGAUCCAACGCGCGCGCAAUGACUCGUCUAAUGACUCAAUGGUUGCAAACGGCCUGGAUCUGAAUUAUGUGGGAGUGUAUGACAUUUGGAACAAUGAUCUAGGCGAAACCUUGGACACUCGGCACCUCGAACCCGAUGCCAGACCUGAUAUCAGUAAGGUCAUCGUCAAUCUGGUUCGAGAACAACUGAAUCUCCCGGAGACCAGGGGCUGUGAGACAGAUUAUCCAGAGCAUCGCAGGCUUUGUCUCCGACUCUGCGGCGCAGCUCAGACUCACCGUGAAUUGGAAGAACUCAUCAAAACAUUGUCAGCCGACAGUCAGCAUACUAAAGCAGCAGCUCUAGCUGUCUUCCAGGAUGAGGCUAAAUUGGCCUACUUAGCGUUACGAAGCCACCAGCCCACUCAAGCACAUAAGCUGCUUGCCAUGGCCAUUGCCGGUGCGGCGAAAGGUGACACUGACCCGGAUUGGGAGGACACCUGCGCGGAGAUUGCCAAGGAGCUCACAGAUCCAUAUGCACGAGCGAUCUUGGCACUUGUGAGCAAAGGGGACUGGAACUCUGUCAUCCAGGAAACCACGCUUCCAUUAAAGUAUCGAAUUGAGGUUGCUGUGCGUUGGCUGCCCGACGACGAGCUGACCGAGUAUUUAAACGAAAUGACUGCCGAGGCCAUCCUUCAGGGAGAUAUUGAAGGCAUCGUGCUGACAGGGCUGGGGCCUUCCGCUAUGGACCUUUUUCAAUCAUACAUCAGGAAAUUCAACGAUGUGCAAACACCGGUCCUUGCCAUGAGCCACGCCGUCCCACGAUUCAUUAAUAACAACCCGAAUAGGGCACGCUUUGAAGCAUGGCGCGAAACGUACCGUUGGCAGAUUAAUUCCUGGAAGCUACAGCUGGAACGGGCACGGUUCGAUGUCGGCUCUCGAAAAUUCGCCGUCACCUGGGACGGGAGAAAAUUGAUUGAGCCACCGCGACAACAAGUCAGUCUGACUUGCAAUUACUGUACGCGGCCACUUACCCAACACGAUGCCUCUUCUCAGCUUUCACCCUCUACCACGGGCGAGGUUGUCCACCCCACGGCUGGGAAUCCCCUGGGCACGUCGGCAAUGUCUGGAAUGGUUUGUCCACGCUGCGGUCGGCACAUGCCCCGAUGUGGCGUCUGUACCUUUUGGCUGGGAUCCCCAGACCCGAUGUCGAAAGCGUGCCUCGCCGCUGACGCUGGACAACAGGCCGGAAAACCUACCCAAGCGGAGAUGAUGCGACGAUUCAUCGUAUUCUGUAUCAACUGUAACCAUGGAUUCCAUGCGCACCAUGCCCAAGAGUGGUUCAUGAAGCAUAGGGUUUGCCCGGUUGCGGAAUGCAAUUGUAUCUGUGAUCGGUGA